AUGAGCGACUCAAUACCUCUACAGUCUGCGAGUGAAGUUACCAAUGAUAAUACAGACGGGGGGUUGGAGGCGCGCAAGGCUGCAAAGCCCAGCCUAUGGAAAAGAAUUAUGCCCAACAUCCCGUUGGUCAUCAUGAUGGUCAAGGGCUCGCUGCCGAUGACCAUCUCGCUCGCCAUCUACCAAUCCGACCACAUUGCCCAACGCUUUACCACGGUCGGAUAUAUUAUGGCUAUGAUUGCAUUCUUCAGUAUGGCUAUGCUCCCGCGCGCCAAAUAUCUCGAAGGGCUUGUCUUGAACAUCCUCGCCACUUGCCUUGGCUCGGCCCUAUCUCUCCUUACCAUGUAUUGGGGAAUUCAAGCUCGCCAGCACACAACCACGCCGGAUUUGACGGCCUCCUACAAUGGCCCACAAGCGGCAGUCUGUGCGAUCUGGUUCUUCUGCACGCAGUGGGCUGCAGGAACCCUGCGGGCCAAGGUUCCAAUCCUUCAGAAUUGCGUCUACAUGUUCAGCGUCAUGACGAUGAUCACUAUGACCUACGCCCCUCGUUUUCAUACCAUGGGUCAAGCUAUCUCCUUGGUGGUGGAGUUACUGGAGAUUUUCUUCAUCGCGUUUGGUAUUGCGACCGGUGUCUCCUUGCUCAUAUUUCCAAUGACGACAAGAAUGGUCUUGUUUAGGAAGCAGACUGCCUACUUUGCAGCGCUACGGGACUUUGUUGCGAGGCAAUCUGCCUACUAUCAAGCUUUGGGGACAUUAGAGCCUCCAGUAAGUGGGCAGAGAGCGGGAGAGGGGGAUGUUGUCGAAGAACGGCCGUUCCCCGAGCGAGAAGCUCUACUCGAGAGUCUCAACCAACUGAUCGCUCUUCAUAUGGAAUUAUAUACAGAUACAAUCAGCGCUAAGCGAGAGGUUGCCCAUGGCAAGCUGAAUGCGGACGACCUACAUCAACUAUUUCGGGCCUUUCGAACCAUUCUCACUCCAAUGGCUGGUAUUAAAACCAUCAUUCAUCUGUUUGAUGGAGUUGAUCCCGAGAAGCCAACUGUUCAGCGAGAGAAAGGAGUAAGAAGUGACCCAAGAGUAGCUCGCCAGCGUGAAUUGCGACACUUUUGGAGCCAUGUCAUGUCGGAAAUGGGCGAGCCUUUCAGAGAAAUCGAACAGGUCAUCGAUGAAGGAUUGCAGCACGCGGCGACCGUCCUCGAAUACUUGCCAAACCAGAACAAAAAGCCCGACGUCGAGUGCCAGAGGCCCGGUUCUCCCACCUUUGCAGACUAUAUGGGCCGUAAAAGUCGGGCGUUCCGCGGUCGACAAAGUGAGCUUCUUAGUACCUGUAUUGAAGAAAAUGAGGGGGUGACCAGCGCAUCGAAUCUCAAGUAUGCAUACGUCUUUCUCCAGGCCAAGAAUCUCAUGUCCACUGUCGCCGCGGCGGUUUAUGAACUGGUUCUUUUUGCGGAUUCGAAAAGGGAAGAUGGCACAAUGCAGAGAGAGCGACUGGUGUUUCCCCACACCCAUCAUUUCACCUCCCAUUUGCAACACCUCACAAGCGAACAACCAGAUAUUCAUGCUAGUCAGGCUGCAGACCUCACCGAGACUGGGUGUCAAGGAAAGAAGACCACUCGGAUCAAACUACAUGACCAUCAUCAUCUCCCUCCUCAGAACACAUGGGAGCGCUACACGGACCAUCUACGAGCGGUAUCCAGGCUGCUCAGAUCGAAGGAAUCUGCCUUUGGGCUUCGAAUGGCCCUGGCGGCGUCUACCGUGGGGAUCCUGGCAUAUCUGGAGAAGACCUGGACCUUCUACUAUCAGCAGAGGCUCAUUUGGCCCCUGAUCGUAAUCCUGGUCGCUAUGAAUGUUGCCUCCGGAGAAAGCACCUUCAAGCUUGCAGCCCAAAUUAUGGGCGCGACUGCAGCAAUGGGGACCUGCUAUCUCUGCUGGUACAUUGUUGACGGCAAGCCCACAGGAGUCCUAGUCUUGACUUGGCUCGCAUUCUUUUUCCUUUCAUAUGGAUUCAUCAAGAUUCCCAAAUUAUUCGCCGUCUGGCUCUGCAUCCUGGUCCCGAUUGUUGCCAUCAUUGGCAUCGCCCUGCAGUCAAAGAAGUUGGGCCAUGACACCAUAGUAGCGACAGGACAGGAAGACUAUCCAGUCUACCUGAGCGCCCCGUACCGGCUUCUCAGCGUCCUUGCGGGCGCUUUCAUUGCGUACGUGUGGACGCUGUUCCCCUACCCCAUUACGGACCGCGGGCUCCUGGGUGACAAACUCGGGGAUAUCCUAGUUCUGCUCGCGCAAUUCCAUGAUUGUGGGCAUUCAAUCUCGAGCCUUAAGCUAAGGGGGCUUGUGCAAGGUGAGAGAAUGAUGACACUGGAUUCUCGUACUAAUACCGGUGGAGGAAUCGUUGGAAGACUCGCCAGGACCCAAGAGCGACUGUUCCAGCGGAUCAUGACCUUGAUUCCCCCGUCGAGGAUGCAUGCAUUAUUCCAGAGAUUUGAUGUGCCGGUUGGGGGACGCUUCCCCGUGGGAAGUUAUAUGUCUAUCAUGCAAGAAGCAAUGAGUAUCAUGAACUAUAUCAACCUCCUCAUUUACUUUACCCGUUCGUGGCCGUCGCUUUCGCACUCCUCCACAUCAACGACGGUCCUUGCAUCCGUAUCGACUCAUUCGCGCCAAAUGACAUCUGCCCUGUUGUUCCUCUCCGCCUCCAUCAAACAUGGCACCCCGUUGCCACCGUACUACCAAGCACCGACCGCAGUCGACUUUUCUCCUUUGUGGAAUGAAGAGCUACGUGCUCAGUCGCCGCCGCCGUCCGCCCAGACUAGAGAUAAAGAGGCGGUGCAGUGCUCGUGGGCCACGGUGCAGAUGGUCACGGACGCAUCCAACGCGGCAUUGGCGAGGAUGAUAAGGCAAGUUCGAAAUUUGGUUGGCGAGGUGAAUUUUGACAGUGUAGGGGAGGUGAAAUCUGUUUUAGUGGGGACGAGAGAAUAA